CCCAUUCCUAUCCCAAGCAACAGAGUCACAGACACCAACUGAAACACCUGCCUUUCAAACCCAAUCCACUUCCAAAACCAAAACCCAUAUAAACCCCUCACUCACAAAAAUGCAUAAACAGACAAUCCCAACACUUGGCCAACAAUGAGAGAGUUGGUCAUCCUUAGCUACUCCUCUAUUGCCACUCCUUCCCACAAUCACCACCACAACCACCACCACAACCCCAUUAAACCUUUCAAACCCACCACCACCACCACCAAGCUCUCUCCCUCCAAACCACCUCAACCACAACCACCACUCUCCACUCUCAACUCCCCUUCUCCUCUACUCUCCUCUCGCCACACUCUGCAGCUCAAGUACUACGCCAACCUCGCCUCCAAGCUCGCCGAGCAAGGCAAGCUCCAAGACUUCGCAAUGAUCGUAGAGACUGUGAUUGUUUCUGGGGCUGACGCUUCACAGUUUGUCUCGGCGUUGAGCGUGGAGCUUGUGGCGAAAGGAAUCUCGGUGGGUCUUCGAGAAGGGAAGGUUCGGAGUGUGAUUGAGGUUUUGAGGAAAGUUGAGCAGCUUGGGGUUGCUCCGUUGAAGCUGUUUGAUGGGUCUACGAUGGAGUUGCUAGGCAAUGAGUUUUACCGUAUUGUGCAAUGUGGGAAAGUGGAGGAAGUUGUUGAGUUCAUGGAGAUUCUUGCUGGUUUCCGUUUCUCAAUCAAAGAACUACUGAAGUCUUCUGACAUUAUUAGAGCUUGCGUUGAUAGACGUAACCCAAAACUGGCAAUAAGGUAUGCUUGUAUUCUUCCAUAUGGGCAUAUAUUAUUCUCUACUAUUAUACAUGAAUUUGGAAAGAAGGGGGACCUGGUGUCAGCUUUGACAGCAUAUGAAGCAUCCAAGCAACACUUGACUGGUCCUAAUAUGUAUGUCUACCGCACAAUUAUAGAUGUUUGUGGUCUCUGUGGUGACUUCAUGAAAUCUAGGUACAUAUAUGAGGACUUACUCAAGCAGAAGAUCACCCCAAAUAUUUAUGUUUUCAACAGCCUGAUGAACGUGAAUGCCCAUGAUUUGAGCUACAUAUUGCAUGUACACAAGAACAUGCGAAAUCUUGGUGUCAUGGAGGAUAUGGCAUCUUAUAAUAUCCUUUUGAAGGCAUGCUGUCUUGCUGGCAGAGUUGAUAUGGCCCAAGACAUUUACAUGGAAGUACAACAUUUGGAAUCAAGAGGAGUGUUGAAGUUGGAUGUUUUCACUUACAGCACCAUUGUGAAGGUCUUUGCGGAUGCAAAACUGUGGCAAAUGGCACUACACAUCAAGGAAGAUAUGUUGUCAGCUGGUGUGGCUCCUAACACUAUUGCAUGGUCAUCAUUGAUCAGAGCCUGUGCCAAUGCAGGUCUUGUAGAACGGGCGAUUCAAUUGUUUGAUGAGAUGCUGUUGGCUGGCUGUGAACCCAAUACACAGUGUUGCAACAUCCUUUUAGAUGCUUGUGUUGAGACUUGCCAGUUUGACAGGGCCUUCCGUCUUUUCCAGUCUUGGAUGGGAGGUAGAGUCUUAGAGACUAUUGGUGAAUGCAAUAUUAAUUUAAAUGCAGAGCAUGGAGUCAAAAAUUGCAGUACUAGUGUGCCAACUGGCAUAUCUACUUCACGCCGCUUAAAUUAUCCUAGGAAGUUUCCCUUUACACCCACAACUGCAACAUAUAAUAUUUUGAUGAAGGCUUGUGGUACUGAUUACUACCGUGCAAAAGCUUUGAUGAAUGAGAUGAAAGUCAUAGGUCUUUCCCCUAAUCAUAUAAGUUGGUCAAUUUUGAUUGAUGUAUGUGGAGGCUCAGGCAAUGUAGAAGAUGCCAUACGGAUUUUCAGAUAUAUGCUUGGUGCUGGAAUUCAACCAGAUGUUAUUGCAUAUACAACAGCCAUCAAGGUUUGCGUGGAAAGUGAAAAUUUGAAGCUAGCAUUUUCUUUAUUUGAGGAAAUGAAGAACUAUCAAAUACGUCCAAAUAUGGUGACUUAUAAUACUCUUUUAAGGGCCCGCAGCAGAUAUGGGUCCUUGGAUGAAGUACAACAAUGCCUGUCUGUUUAUCAAGAUAUGCGGAGAGCAGGGUACAAACCCAAUGAUUAUUAUCUUGAGGAGCUCAUAGAGGAAUGGUGUGAAGGAGUAAUACAAGACAACAAUCAGAACAGAGAAGAGUUCAGUUCCUGCAACAAAAGCUACUUAGGAAGACCUCAAAGUCUACUUCUUGAAAAAAUUGCAAUGCACUUGCAAAAGAGUAAUUCUGAAAGCCUCACAAUUGACCUUAAGGGGCUUUCAAAGGUUGAAGCUCGCAUUGUUGUUCUUGCAGUUCUACGAAUGUUCAAAGAGAACUACCAUACUCAUGGACAUUCAGUAAAAGAUGACAUAUUGAUCACCUUGGGAGUCAGUAAAGCAGUCACAGAUCCAGCAACACAGAAUUUUGAGGUGAAAAGUGCAAUAAUCAAACUUCUGCAGGAUGAAUUGGGGCUUGAGGUUCUUUUAGCAGGACCAAGGAAUGCACUUAAUAAAAAGAAAAAUUCAGAAUCCCUUCUUGAGUCAGAUUUAAACUUGGAACAAUUGACACGAAGGAAGAGUUUAUUAACAGAGCUUGAAAGUUCCACUAGGAGACCAGAUGUUGUACAAAGGUUAAAGGUCACAAGGAAAUCAUUGCAAUAUUGGUUGCAGAGAAGAUUAGGCGCCAUCAGAAGAUGAUUAUUUUUGUAUGUGAAACCACUUGUAGAGUCUGUACAUGAUAUCAUAUGUACUAUAUUCUUAGUAAAUGCAUUGUAAUACCAUAAGUCACCAAUUGUAAGUUGUACAACAAUUAAAUGUAAUUUGCAAGAUCAUAAAAUAGAAACAGCCUUCUUCUCA